AUGCCCCAGGGGACAGAUGUCUUGGGAUCUUUAACAUUUGGGAUGCUGCAAAUGCCGAAGUUAAAUGAAAUACCUCCCGGGAGGGAGGGCCGGGGGAAGACUGGGGCAGAGAGAAGUUGGCCUGGGCAGACAGGUCCUGAAGCUGCGAGGCAGGAGCGGAGGGCGCGGGGCCUUUUGGGCUGCACCAGCGCUCCAUGGGACAGCUGGGAGAAGUCCAGGCGACCUACACUUGCACGACCUGGUCCAGACUGGGAGCCACAUCACCAUUUUCUGUCUGCUGCCCCCUCCCGGAAAUCCACCAUGGAGAGUAAGGAUGAGGUCAGCGACACGGACAGUGGCAUCAUCCUGCAGUCAGGCCCUGACAGCCCUGUCUCCAGGACCAAAGAGCUGGCCCACAAGGAGCUGGCCCACAAGGAGCUGACCAAUGCGGUGCGGAAGCAGCAGCAAGCACUGGAGGAGCGGCUGGAGGCCUGCCUGGAGGAGCUGAGGAGACUCUGCCUCAGGGAGGCGGAGCUGACGGGCACCUUACCAGCAGAAUAUCCCCUCAAACCAGGAGAGAAGCCCCCUAAGGUCCGUCGUAGGAUUGGAGCUGCUUACAAACUGGAUGAGCGGGCCUUGCACCGAGAGGACCCCCUGAGCAGCCUGGAGCGGGAGCUGGCCCUGCAGCUGCAGAUCGCCGAGGCUGCGCGGCAGCUGUGCCUGGAGGACAACCUGAGCCGGCAGGCGCGCCGGCAGCGGAAGCACGCCAUGCUGCAGGAGGAGAAGAAGCUCCGCGAGCUGGAGCGCUGCGUCGGCGAGCAGAGGCGCAACAGCGGCCCGCCCGCCCCCGCCGCGCUGCCGCUGGGCCGAGAACUCAGUGUCUCCAAUGACAGUUCCCUGUCGGACGGGCUGCUGCUGGAAGAAGAGGAAUCCCAAGUGUCAAAACCACCCCAAGCGGCUUCGGCCUCUUCUUCCCGGCCGCCCCCACCCCAAAGUCUUGAGGGGCUGCAGACAGGAGGACCUGAGACUGAGGGCCUGGAUCGAGCACCCAUCCAGAACAGCCCCUGGAAGGAGACCAGUCUGGACCACCCCUACGAGAAGUCCAGGAAGACUUCUGAGCCCAGUAGCGAGUCUAGCAGCCCUGCCAGCACACCGCAAGAUGGGCCUAACACAUCCGCCCUGUGGCUGCCAGAGCCACCCGUCUUCCAUCUGGUUCCCGUCCGCGGCGUCCCUGGUCAGCGGCAGGGCCGCACCAGUGCCCCGGCCACUCCCGAGAUGCAGGGCAGGAGGGGCCAGUCACAGUCUCUGAGGGUGGAUUCCUUCCGCUCCGGGCUGGAGGGCCGAGGCCGCAGCGCCUUUCCCCGCCGCCGCCCCACUCACUACACGGUGACUGUCCCUGACUCCUGCUUCCCCGCCGCCAAGCCCCCUCUGCUGCCCUCUGCCUACCACUCCUGCUCCGAAGACAGUGGCUCCGACAUCUCCAGCAUCUCGCACCCCACCUCACCCGGCAGCAGCAGCCCUGACAUCUCCUUCCUGCGGCCUCUUUCCUCACCUGAGCCCCUUCGCCACCGUGGGGCCUGGGGACCACCUGGCGGAAGAGAGCUGGUCACUCACUACCCCCAGCUACUGUUGCCCCCGGGCUACUUCCCUGUGGCACCAGGGCGCUAUGUGAUGGUGGCAGAGAGCCCCCAGCCACCUGUCAAUUGGGAGCUGUGCCCUGCGGCUUAUGCAGAAGAGGGGGCACCCUUGCGCUACCAGCGCCUGGUGCCCACCCACAGCCGCAUCGUGCGCACGCCCUCCCUGAAGGACAACCCUGCAGGCCGGGGACUCAGCAAGGCGGCCGUUUCCGAGGAGCUCAGAUGCUGGCAUGAGCGCGCACGCCAGCGGAGCACUCGCCCGCAUUCACUGGACCGGCAAGGGGCCUUCCGAGUCCGGAGCCUGCCCCCAGGAAGAGAGGUCUUCCCGCGAACCCCCGGACAACGGGCACAGGUGCCCGCCGUGUGUGUGCUCCGGAGAUCUCCUGAGGGGGUCCCUAUGCAAGUCUUCCUACCUGAGAAUGGAGAGAUCAUCAGCCAGGUGUAA